AUGCUCCUGAUUCAAAUGCUCGGUUGCAUCAUUCAACUAUGCUUCCAAACUUUCCAAGCUAUCAUGGUACAAAGAAAAUUAUACUUUCCUCUAAAUCUACGUUUAUAUCACAAAAAAGAAACUUCUUAAAAUAAUUCAUCUUUUUUGAUAUAAUUUUAUUUAUAGUCGUUCGAAGAGGAACUAGAGCAACACAUGGUUUUUCAAACUGUAUUCUUGUGUAUUUAUACAGUUAGCGUGAUGGUGCAAUUGCUCCUCUACUGUUACGUGGGCGAGAGACUUACGUUCGAGAGUACAGAUAUAGCUGACACAGCGUACAAUUGCGAGUGGUACAGUUUACCUCCUAAGAACGCCAGAUUGCUUGUAAUUAUUAUGUGUCGUGCUGUCUCAUCACCGUUGAAACUUACAGCAGGCAAAUUUUGUUGGUUUACCAUAUUGCUAUAUUCUCAGGUAGGUGGUAAUCAAUUUUAACGAAAAUCUUUCUUUCAAUAUUCGCUCAUAAGUUGCAAUGUAACUGUAUGUUUGUAAUAUUAAAAAUAUAUUAAUAUUUGAAUAACAAUGAAUAUUAAAAUAUCCAAAGUUCAAAAUAUUCGAAUACUUUCGAAUAUUUUAUUAUUUUAUUCGAAAGUACUCGCAUGGAGACGAUAGUAAAACCUUUAUCUGUAUGCUACAUGCAUUAUUUAAGAUAUUUUGUAAAUUCGUUAAUACUGCAAUGAAACGCGUGUGUCAUGAUUAUGUUGGUCAUAUUUCAAAUCAUAUGGCUAAUUCAAUAUUUCUGCAAUCUCUUACUUCUGUGUAUAUGCAUUUGCAUUAAAUACUCAAUAAUUUAUCUUUAUAUUUAUUUCAUAUUUAACCGGUGUAUAUAUAAUCAUGACAGUCGGUUCUCAUUAUGAAAUUACGAAAUAUUUUUAUACAUGGCAAAUAUUUUUUUUUUUUAUUAUACAUAUAUAAUAUAUUCAGGAAAUAUACUCAGAAUAAUAGAUUCAUCUAAUACAAUCGUAAAAUAAAAAACUGUACAGAAUAAUUUUUUUAUAUAUUUUAGGUUGUGAAAACCUCAGUCUCGUAUAUUUCUGUAUUGUAUGCAACGAAAGGUUAG